CAAUACUUAUUAUUAUUACAAUAAAUUAUAACAAUAAAAAACGCUCAUGUUCUGAGCACAUUUUUUUAAAAAUAAAAAUAUAUGAACAUUUGUGGCUACUCGUUUAGCUCGUAGCUAAUGCGUUUAAAUAUUUUAAUAUGCUAGUAUUUUGAAGGGAGAGCUUGUGUUCUCGCUAAUGGCGUCGUCGGUGUCUUCACACUAAUUUGACAAGAUUUUUUAAAGGGUUUUAAUGAGAAUGGAGAGUUUUUCUCUCUUCAGAAUUCUGAAAUAAAAGUGUUUUCCCCCUCUUACUUUUAUUUUAUUUUUUAUUGCAGCUUAGCAAAAGUUUCAGGCUAGCGACGCUAACUAUUUAGCCGAGGGCUUCGCUGCUUGGCUAGCUCGAAUUGACGUCUAACACUAGAUAUUAAUAGCGGUUAUAAUGCUUUAUUCUCUUCUGUUCCGAUUUGGCAAACCCUCGUACUGUGUACAUAUAUUAAAUCGUGUCAAUGCCACUUAUCCUCUAUCGGCUUUGCAUCUGCAUAACCCUGGUUUAAUUCGGUUAAAUAAAUCUCCCAGGGCUCAGUGGGCUUGUGUGCUCCAUCACAAUGUUUUAACUCAAAUGAGAAAUGUUCAUAUUGGAGCUGAGUGCAGAAAUAAAGCUCAAGAUCAACACAGAAAAAAGGAGAUGUCAGUCUCCACGAGUCAGCCAUCUUCAGGCAUCUCUGCUGCACAGAAAGUGAAGCAAGCUGGCAGAGAUUUCACAUAUCUGAUUGUGGUGCUUGUUGGACUUGGAGUUACAGGAGGACUUCUGUAUGUCAUCUUCCAAGAGCUGUUUUCAUCAUCAAGCCCGAGCAAAAUCUACGGCAAGGCCUUUAACAAAUGCAAGUUACACCCAGAGGUGAUUGGAGCUUUUGGUGAGCCCAUUAAAGGCUACGGAGAGACCACACGCCGCGGACGGAGACAGCAAGUUAGUCAUAUUGAGUAUAUAAAGGAUGGACAGAAGCACAUGAGGCUGAAAUUCUAUAUCGAGGGUUCAGAACCUGGACUGCGUGGCACUGUGCACUCGGAGUCACAAGAGAAUCCUGAAAGUGGAAAAUAUGAAUUUCGCUACAUAUUUGUGGAGGUGGAAACGUAUCCAAGAAGGACCAUCGUGAUCGAGGACAACAGAGAAAAAAUUUCUGGAGGAUUUGUAAAAGUGUGAAUCGAUUUCAGGUUAUUGACACAACUGCUUCACUUGCAGCAUUCGCCAAUGCAGCUAAAAUAUUAUUUUUUUAAUACUGCUAAAAGACUGAAAAAAAAAAGAAAAAAGUGUUGUAUAGUUUCUCAUUCAGAUUCUAGAAUUCAACUGGUUUAGCUUCAUGGUGCUUCUGUCAGCUAUGUUUUAGCUGAUUUAGUUCUUCAAUCAAUUCAAUUAAAUGUAAGGAAUAAGUCAAAAUUUUGGUACACGGAGAACACGCUUUUGGAUAACAAAAUAAAAUCAUGGAUGGCACUUAUAUGACAGUUUGGCAAUAAAAUACUAUGUGCAUAUGUCUUUAUGAAGUCUGAGUUGCUGUUAACAGAGCUUUGAUAUGAAAUAUUUCUUAAACCUCUAAAAAUCAGGAACUGUGUUUUUUUUUUUUUUUUUCCAAUCCAGCAGGGUAAAAAAAAAAUGUAUUGCACAAUCAUUUCUCUGUUAUGAACAAUAAAGCAAGAAACUGAUGCAUUCGGUUUGUGAAGUCUGGUUAUCCUGUUAUAUGGUUUAAUAAUGGGGGUGUUUAUCUCGCACGUCCAGGGUUGGGGGUUCGAUUCCUGCCUCCGCCCUAUGUGUGUGUGGAGCUUGCAUGCUCUCCCCAUACUUCGGGGGUUUCCUUCGGGUACUCUGGUUUCCUCCCCCAGUUCAAAAACAUGCAUUGUAGGCUGAUUGACAUCUCUAAAGUGUGUGUGUGCAUGCAAUUGUGCCUUGCAUUGGGCUGGCCAGGGUGUCCCCCACCUUGUGUCUCAAGGCUUCCCUGUGACUCUAUGUAGGAUAAGCAGUACAGAAAUGGACAGAAGGACUUCUAAAGGAAAUCUAAAUUCUAUACUGAUGACCCCAGAUGUGUUUAACACAAUUUCUAUGUUUUUAAAUCUCCAUUUUCUUUCUUUGCAGACAGAAGAUAAAUGGAUAAACUCCAUUUAUCUUCUGUCUGCAAAUAGAUGUUUAAAUUAGGAACUAGGAUUCCUAAAUG